AUGCCCCAUCUAUUCAUCAGCCCCUAUGCCAAAUUACUCGCCGUGGAAUUCUGGAAGGAGAAUAUGCCUACUGACGAUAUCAAGAGAAUUCUUCAUAUCAAUUUUUCAAUCAGUUUGAUAUACCAAUGGGUCAAACUAUUUGAAAAUACGGGCUGUGUUGUACGCAAUCCUGAUGAGUACGAGCCACGGGGAACCAACUUCAAAAUCCCAGACAAUAUUCAAGACAAGCUCCGGGAGUAUCUUGAACAAAACCCAACUGCUUAUUUGGAUGAGCUCCAAGAAUGGCUUUACGAGCAGCACGAGAUCCUUGUCUGCAUUUCAACCAUUGAUAAUACUCUUUGA